CGUAAAAUGUAAACAAUUACGAGGUCUACUUGUACAUUUUAAUAUGGUGCAAUUGUUUAAAUUUAGUUUUCAACUUCCGUUUUUAUGAAUAGAUUGCUUUUUGACUCGGAACAACGAACAACAAAUGCUUUUUGCCAGAGCUUUUUUAUUGCUAUUUGGUCCGCCGUGGAAUGUUAAUUGUUUUUUAAAUAACUUUAAAAUAAUUGAAUUCGUUGAAGAAAUUCACAAACAAAGCUAUGCGGAGUCUUUAUGUUUGGUGGGAAUAAAUGAAGAGUUUUUGAGUGUGUUUUUGAGAACACAUUUUAACUUACCAGUGCUAAUUUUCACGAAGGAAACUCCUGACGAAGAUUUCAAACUAGGAAACGUCAUUCUAAUGGUUGAAAUUUCCCAAGGUUAUGAUGACCAAGUUACCGUGACACUUCUGGACAAACUAAUCACAAAUUUAAAAGUUCGAAAGUUUGCAAUAGUUUCAGCGUCCAACAUAGAUUCCCUGAAGCAGUGGUUUGGAUAUUUUGAAGACAAUAAAUUCACCAGGAUAUUUGGGAGUGUCGGUAAUUCCACCUUUGCGUACCUUCCCUAUGCAACCAUCCAGAUCCAAAAGCUUCACGGAGAAGACCUUCUUCCGAAUGCUCAAAAAGACUUUAACGGUUUCGCUUUUCGAACAACUGUGCAGAAAGAUAUUCCUAGAAUUUUUUGGUAUCCCGACGAUAAUGGAGAGAAUCAGAUUGGUGGGACUUAUGGUCAAAUAUUUCUUAACUUUCUGCGUAUGCAUAACGCAACUUUCACGGAAAUCAUCGUCAGUAACUCAACCAAAUUGGAUAUAGCAUCAGUGAUUAACGCAACAACCAAUAAUGACAUUGACAUAAGCAUGAACGUCUUCUGUCAUAUUCCCAACCUCGACCUUAGUUAUCCAGUUAAAAUAGAACAUUAUGUAAUAAUGGUUGCCCUGAAUGGGUAUGUACAUCCCCAGGAAUACUUCCAAAGGCCGUUUACGAAUACUGUGUGGAUUUACAUUGGACUCAUUGUCGUGUAUGUCACAAUGAUGGAUAUCAUUUUUAAAUAUUGUACAAAUUUGACAGUUGGUAUUUGGGCCAGCUUUAGUCAAGUAUUUUUGACACUACUGCGAAUGCCUCCUGAGCGACCUAUUCAGAAUUCGGUUUAUUCGAUGCAUCUUCAAAUGACAGUUCUGUCAUUUAUAAUUGGAAACAUAUACGUCAUUUAUUUUACAUCAUAUCUUACUGUUCACAUAAAAGUGAAGCAAUAUGAAACUAUUAAAGAUUUGAUUGAGCACAACGUUCGAGUUAGUAUUCCCAUCUAUGAAUGGUCAUUGCUUCAAAAUCAUAAAUCUUAUCCGAAAGAUUUUGAUAAACUAGUUGAUCUAACAGACUACACUACUUACUUUUCUCAGCUUUAUUCGAUGAGAAAUACAAGUGUUGCUUUCGCACUUCCCUCUGAGAAAUAUGAAUUUCUAACUCGUAUGCAAUCGUUACAUGAAAAGCCUUUGUUUCAUCAAGCAAAAGAUAUAAUUAAACCAUAUUAUAUGGGAUAUUUGCUGCCAUUCAAUUCCCAGUUUAAAGAAAUUUUAAGUGAUUUUUUAAUUUUAAUUAAAGAAACUGGACUUAUUAAAAAAUGGGAAACUGAUAUUUUUGUACAAGCGACAAAAGCUGGAUUUAGAAUAGGAGUAGAUCGAGAUAAUUUGGAAUCGGCGUUUAAUCCUUUGACAAUGGAACAUUUGCAUUUUUCAUGGAAUUGUUUGACACUGGGUUUGACAGUUUCUGCAAUUGUUUUUUUAAUGGAACGUUUAACUGGUGGUAUUUUAAGAGUUUGUAAGACAAAGAAUGAAGUGAAAUAAAUAGAAUAAAGUAG